AUGCAGUCGGUCAACAGACAACUGCAUGAAAUGCCAAUGGGCGACCAUUUUUUUCCGCAGCAAAACCAGCAGCAUCAACAACCUCCAGGAAUAGGACCACAGCUAUUUUCACCACAAUUAAUGCAAGCCCGUUUACAGCAACAUCAACAACAGCAGCAGCAACAGGGUGCUUUGGUUCAAGAUGUGCACGGCAUGGAUAAGAAUCCGGGACUGCAGAAUGUUUACUUACUGAAGCAAAAAUUGGAAGCGGCAAAUGCAGCAUUUGGCCCACAACAAAUUUCGCAAUUACAGGCCCAGCCCCAGCAAUUGCUGAACAAUGGGCAGAAUGCAAUGUCUAGCGGCUUGGGUGCUGUUAGUGGGGUUCCUCCUGGUGUGAACAUAAUGCAACAAAACGCACCGAGUUUGGGCCCACCACCAGGCACCCUGGCACCACAUUUAGUGUUAGGGGGAUCUUUUGCACUGCCUCCCCCAAACCAGUUCAUGGUACGCGAUGUCUGGAGCAAUAACCUGUAUGCGGAGUUCGCUCAAAUAAGAAAGCUAGUAGAUCAAUACAACGUUGUAUCAAUCAGCACGGAGUUCGUAGGAACAAUCGCAAGGCCAAUGGGAAAUUUCCGCUCGAAAAACGACUAUCACUAUCAGACUAUGCGUUCUAAUGUGGAUCUACUGAACCCUGUUCAAGUAGGUAUCUCGAUCAGUGAUGCCCGCGGUAAUAAACCAGAAACCGGACCUUCAACUUGGCAGUUCAAUUUUCAUUUCGAUGUCACCCAGGAAAUGGUGUCUGCCGAAUCGCUUGAACUGCUAAAAAAAUCAGGAGUUAACUUCGAACGCCAUCAGAACUUGGGUGUAACUGCUUUCGAAUUUGCGCAACUUGUGAUGGACUCGGGGCUGGUAUCGGACGACGUCACUUGGGUCAGCUAUCAUGCGGCAUAUGACUUUGGAUUUUUAGUCAACAUGCUUAUGAACAACGCAAUGCCUAACAACAAAGAAGACUAUGUUUGGUGGGUCCAUCAGUUCAUGCCCAGCUUUUACGAUCUCAACCUUAUUAACAAAUUCGCACAACAGCAGCAGCAACAACAAAACCAAACUCAGGGCCAACCACAGCAGCAGCAACCCACACUCGAAGCGAUGGCAGACGAUAUAGGUAUUCCGCGCUUCCCGCUCUUCUCAUCGACAGCUGGGCAGAGCUUGCUUGCUCUAUUGACAUUCACGCAUUUGCUCAAACUGCGCGUCCCACAUCCACAACUGGGACCCGAUUUGGCUCGGUAUAAGAACAUGAUAUAUGGAAUUACCAAUGAAUAA